CAUUCGAUACCAACAACAAAUCAAGGCCAACUUCGCAGCAAAAACGUUGCUCGCUACAGCAAAACUUUUCAACUGUUGGACCUCGGUGAGUCAACCGUACAGUGAACAAUCUGCGAUUGUCGUAGGCUGAAUACAGAUUCCGUGCCGCCGUUCCCAUUCUGAAAAACUUGAUAAAGCGCAUCAACACAAUCCUACCGAAAUGACUCUCGUCUGGGGCAUUAUUGCAUCGUUCCUGUACGUGGAAAUAUUUGUGGUGCUACUGCUCGUGCUACCGCUCCGGAGCCCACAGCAAUGGCAUCGAUUUUUCAAAUCCCGCUUCCUGGCGAUGCUGAGCCGCCAGGCCCAGACCUAUUUCUAUCUGCUGCUCGCUGUGUUGGUGCUGUUCCUCCUGGAAGCGAUCCGCGAGAUGCGUAAAUACUCCUCCAAUGAUCAUACGCACACCGAAACGCACCUGAAUGUGGAGAUGCAGCACAGUAUGCGAUUGUUCCGUGCCCAGCGCAACUUUUACAUUUCCGGCUUUGCCAUCUUCCUGUCGCUGGUGAUUCGUCGGCUGGUGUCACUGAUUAGCGGCCAGGCUGUGUUGCUCGCACAGGCGGAAGCUUCGAUGAAGCAGGCGCAAAGUGCUACCAGCGCCGCUCGCACACUGAUGAAUCAGCAGAAGGAUGGCGAUAAGAAAGCAGAUGCCAAGGACAAACCGGCUGGCGAUGCACCAAAUACCGAUGAGCUAAAGAAGAAGGUCGCCGAGCUUGAGCAGGAGCUAGCCAAGGAGCGCAAGGAUAAGGAGGCCAUGAAAUCACAAUCAGAAAGUCUAAACCGCGAAUACGAUCGACUUACGGAAGAGUACAGCAAACUGCAGAAGAAGAUCACCGUUUCCAGCGCAGAUAAGAGUGAUUAAUUUUUUUGGCAAAAUUUUCAUUUCAUAAUUAAUCGGCAUCUUGAAUUUUUAUACGAACGGUUUAAGGUUUUGGGCUAUUUAUGGCGUGAAGUAUUGCGUGCGUACUUGUCUUUUCUACCAAUUAUGCUCAUCAUUCAUGUAUAAAUCUAAGUGAUUUUCCAUUACAUUGUUUGUGACAAAUUUAAGUUCACUUUAAAAACUA